GCCGCGGGGCGCCUGCGUUGACGGCCGUGGCGGGGCCGUGUGCGGACACCCGCAGAUCGGCUGCGGGGCCGUAGGACCUCGCGUGGCGUCCGCGGGCUCCGGGGCGGGGGCUCCAGCGCCGAAGCCCCCUCCCCGGGGAGGCGGGGCCUGGGAGAGCUCCCAAGCCGGGAGCGGCGGCCGCGGCCGGGACGAUGCAUCAGAAGCUGCUGAAGAGCGCGCAUUACAUUGAGCUGGGCAGCUACCAGUAUUGGCCGGUCCUGGUGCCCCGUGGCAUCCGCCUCUACACCUACGAGCAGAUCCCCGUGUCCCUCAAGGACAACCCGUACAUCACCGACGGCUACCGGGCCUACCUGCCCUCCAGGCUGUGUAUCAAAAGUUUGUUCAUUUUAUCUAACGAGACAGUAAACAUCUGGAGUCAUUUGCUGGGUUUCUUUCUUUUCUUCACCCUGGGAAUAUAUGACAUGACAUCUGUGUUACCUGCGGCAAGUGCGUCCAGAGAAGAUUUUGUAAUUUGUUCUAUUUGUCUUUUCUGCUUCCAGGUUUGUAUGCUUUGCUCUGUGGGCUAUCACCUUUUUUCUUGCCAUCGGUCAGAAAAAACGUGUCGAAGAUGGAUGGCGUUAGAUUAUGCAGGAAUUUCUAUUGGAAUACUGGGCUGUUAUGUCUCGGGAGUAUUUUACGCAUUUUAUUGUAAUAAUUACUGGCGUCAAGUGUACUUGGUCACAGUGCUUGCUCUGAUCCUGGCAGUGUUCUUUGCACAGAUUCAUCCCAAUUACCUCACUCAGCAAUGGCAGAGGCUGCGUUCUAUCAUAUUUUGCUCUGUUUCGGGAUAUGGAGUGAUACCUACCCUCCAUUGGGUUUGGCUUAAUGGAGGAAUUGGUGCUCCUAUUGUACAGGACUUUGCACCCCGUGUAAUUGUGAUGUAUAUGAUUGCUCUUCUUGCUUUCCUAUUCUACAUUUCCAAAGUCCCAGAACGAUACUUUCCAGGACAACUAAACUACCUGGGAUCCAGCCACCAGAUCUGGCAUGUCCUUGCAGUGGUGAUGUUGUAUUGGUGGCAUCAGUCAACAGUGUACGUCUUGCAGUACAGACACAGCAAGCCUUGUCCUGACCACGUUUCACACUUGUGAAUUCAGGUACGGCCGCUGGACUCAGUUGUUAAGCAAUAUAUAAGGGGGGAGUUGUGUACCCCACUAUUUGUAAGGCUCCCAUCAGUUUUUCUUGUUUCCUCUUGUCAUGAGUAAUGCUUUAUAAAAAUGGAAAAUGUGUAUUUGGGGAUCUAUAGUAUUAACUGCUUUACAGGCCCUUAAAACUACUAAUUUGCUGCUUGUACAGAAAAUUAGUUGAUGAUCAUAAGAAACAUCUGAAUAACAAUGAGUGUGAAACUAGUGUAGAAAUAAGAUUAAUUUUACUUAACACCAGCUUAAUUUCCUUAGGAAGGGCUCAUCUCCAUUAGAAAAUGGAGUCAUCCUGUGUGAUUACUGGGAGAUAUUUUCAGUAAAUACCAAGUUUAAGUGCCUAAUCAAAGGCAAGGGUAGUUACCGUCAAUGCUUAAUACAAGCUAGGAUGGUGAUUUUGAAUGAUCACUGUACUUUAAAUACAUGGUUUAUGAGACACUGGCAUUUAAGAUAUUACUUUCUUUAGCUAUGGGUUCUCUUUUCCCUAGAAACACUGGGUAUUUUAGUUUGUCAGAAUAAAAACAUUACAUUUCUAUUGAGCGGUAUUGAGAAGAGGAGAAGGACUUGCAUUGCCAUUUUCUGUCAGAGGGGAGGCAGUUUGUAAACUACACCAUUAGUUGACAGAUUUUGUGGUCUAAUAACCGAAUCACUGGCCAUCUAAACAUUUUAACUUCAGAGAUUAAUUUCAUAUAAAUGCUGAAUUCUUGUGAACGGAUUGUAGAAAGUUUUUGAUUCUAAAAUUCUGAAGGACCUUUUGCCUCUCUGAAUUUGCAGUCCUGAAUUUCCUGAUGGGGGUUUGGGUGCUACUUUCAAGUCCAUAGAAUCUAGACUGCCGCCUAGACCCUGAAAUGAACCUUAAGCCUUAGAGCACAGUCAUGCAGAGGCCCCAUUCGAUGAUGUGCUUACGCAUCUGCACUCUAGCCCUCAUUUAUGCAUGUGCCAGCAUUCCAUUGAUGACUCAGUAUUGAUAAACACCUCAUCUAAUAUUUGGACCUGAAGCAUUAAACUUGCUCUUUAUUGUAUAUACUUAAAAAAAUAGAUCUCACUGCCCUAACAUACAGUGUAACUCUUAUCCUCUAGUCUUUUCAUAUGCAUAAAUUAAAUCCCUUAAAGGAGACAUUUAUAAAAACGUACAUGGUUUAAUGGAAAAUAAAAUAUUACCCAAAUUUCUUAAUGAGUUGAUGUGAGCCAUUUUAAAUACUGGUAUAUUUUCAGAAUAGUAGAAUUACUAAGUAUGAGAAAAAUGUUGAUUGAUGAUGAAACUCAUUCCCAAACUGCCUUUGUACAUAUAUUAGGCAAAGUUAAUUGUGCCUCAGUUUAUAACUGUAAAAUAUUGUUUUUCUUUCCAAUGUAGUGGUUUUGGAACAUAAAUUCCCCAUGCUAGUAUGCUCAGCCAUACCCAUUGUUAUGAUGGAAUACUACUUUGAAGUGGCUAUUUUAUAAGGCCAUAAACUUGAUCCAUAUGCUAAGUGAUAGAAUAUUUUGGUUCUACAAUAUAGUAGGAUGUAUUUCCCCUAAAACAUCCCUUCUAGGGCUACAUGAUAUGUAGCUUUAAAAUAGGUAAUCUGUCAUUUUGGCCAAACAAAAUAACACUGAGUAGUUGUAAUUAAGUUAAAAAGAGGGGAGAGUGUGGUUAUGAUGGUUUCUUUGAAUUUAAAAGGCAUUCGGAAUCUGACUAGAGGGAGAAUUGUUCUAUGUAAACAUUUCGGCUUCUUAUAAAAAUGUUAAAUAUUAUAAGAAAGCUAUCCUCUCUUUUAUUUACUAUGAUACAUUUACUGUAAAGUAGGGAAUGAAUGAAUGUGGAUUGCUGUCAACUAUAAACACUUCUGUAUGUCAGCAUUUAAUGACCACCUACUGUGUGCACAGCACUACUGGUAAAAUUUUUAAGAUAUUGUUAACAUUAAAAUAUUUUAAAAUUGCCUAUAAAUCUGAGCCUUGUAAUGUAUAUUUAAGUUAUUUUUGUUUUUAUAGAUUUAUUAAAAUGAAAGUAUACUAUCCAGUUACACUACUGGAAAAGACUGUUUUAAUUUUACCAAUGUGUAAACUAUAAAGCUCUUUGCCUACAAACUUUAUAAGUACGUUUUAAAAUUACCUAUGGCUGUUUCAAAUUGUCUAGUGCUUUAUAGGGUUGUAGUUAACUCAUUUAAGAAACAAUUACCUUUCUAUAUAAAGCAUUUUCAAAUAGCAAGACAGUGCUUGUCUUUUUGUUAUUAUACAGAGCGCAAUUCAGUGAGCUGCAUGGCAAAAUACAUAUUAUAUAAAUAAACUGGGCUUACUAAAU